CCCGAUUCUGACCCGACUCUAGCCCGACUCAGACCCUCGGUGGAAACGUAGUCACAGUCGAAAGGCCCGCGGCGUUGAAUCCCUCGGCUGCGAUUGGUCGGUUCGCGGUGUCGCUGCGGUUCCCUUGCGCGGCGGCCUUCACCCGGGAAGACGCGGCGUGCGCAUCGACCUUUACCCACUCGACUAGUCUCGAUUCACCUCAGCCACGUCGGUAAGGCAGAACGGUCAGCGGGAUCUCGCCGAGCAGCAGCAAAUCGAGUGGACGGACGCGCCAGUGGGGGCUGUCUGGCCUCCGCAUCGCACUCGCUCGUCGGUUUCCUCGUCUCCCCACAACCCUCUCGGCGAGACGGUCGGCUCGCGAUCGCCGAUCAUCGAUCCGCCGUACGUUGCUCCGAACUCGCGUGGCACCCGCGAGUCUGCGUCCGCGCCCGUGCUCGUCUCCCGUCUCGUCUCUCGCGCUGCGUCGCGACCGCGUAUAUCGCGCCGUGUGCCGUGCCGUGUCGUGUCGUGUCGUCGCACGGGGGCGAUUUCGCCCGCUGGGCGCGAUCGGGCGAAUCGCCGCCGCAUCCCGGUGUUGUCUCGCGCCCGGAACGGGGGGCGGCCGUGGGGAAUCGUUGCCGCGCGCCCGGAGCUCGUCGCGGCCCGCCGUGCACGGGAUCGUGGCGCCGCGUGAACGUCAGUUAACGUCGCCGUGCGCGCGGUAGUCGCCGAGACCCCGCCAUGCCGUCGGCCACGACAACGUCGACGGCGACGACGACGGCGUUCCCCGAGUCGGGAGGAGCGGCGUACGCCCGCUGCUGAUAUGGGGCCGCUGACCGUGCGCCUGGUCCUGCUCCGCGGGCCCUUCCUGCUCCGAAAGUGAGCAAACGUACCCGAGCGGCACCGCGCGACGAGAUCCUGUACGACGAAGGCGACGGACGGUCAUCACGCGAGGUGGACGACCGGUAGCUCAGGAUGGCCUCGACCUCCAGCAGCACGUCGCCCGACGUCCAGGUGCUGAUGGGCAAGGGCAAGCGCGGCGCGGCGGCCUACAUCAGCCUGGCCACUGGCUGGGACGCCGGUGGCUGCCCGCCGUACCUCAACGAGCUGCUGGACGUCCUGCUGAAUCCCAGCAAGCCCAUCGACGACUGGGAGACCAUCGACUGGUGCAAGUGGCUCAUGGCUGGCGGCCGGACGCCCGACGAGUUUGCCAGUACAGUACGCACUUACGAUAACGCUACCACCUGCGGUCUGGUAUGGACGCCGAACUUUGUAGCGUAUCGCUGUCGUACAUGCGGCAUAUCUCCGUGCAUGUCCUUGUGCACCGAGUGUUUCAAGAAGGGAAAUCACUAUCGUCACGACUUCAACAUGUUUCUCAGCCAAGCAGGUGGUGCAUGCGACUGUGGCGAUACGUCUGUGAUGAAGGAGACUGGAUUUUGUGAUAGGCACGGGCCAAACGCUGCCGUAAAUAAAUCAGUCGCACCGUCUGAUCUGAUGUGCGUAGCCGAGGCGAUGAUGCCCAGAAUUAUUCUUCGACUUAUACAACAUUUACGUGAAAAUUGUAAAAUGGGAGUGCCAGAUUAUAAAGGUGCUAUAUACGCGGACGCGUACCUGACCAUGUUGCUCGACCUGAACAACAUGGGCGCGUUAAUGAGGCAUGUUAUGACGUCAGCCCUUACGAAUCCGCAAAAGUACCGAGGCCUCAUGGAUCCCUCCGUCUUGACGGGACAAUCCGAGUACGAUAGCUAUUGCCAGGACAGCAACAAGAUAUAUCAGCAUGCUGUCAAAUCGGUACCGAAUCCCGAACCUCCGGACGAAUACAAAGAAUGCGUGUCGCUUCAAGAGCACUUGGAACACACCACGUUCUUGGAAGAACUGAUGUUCUGGACCGUAGUUUACGAGUUCCCGCAGAAACUGGUCUGCUUGCUCCUGAACAUGUUGCCGGAUCCCGAUUACAAGGAGGCUCUAACUCGAGCCUUCGUGUUACACUACAGCAGAAUCUCAAUGAUGCUUGAACGCUCCACGGAUCCCGACACAUUGAGCAAUAGGGUUGUGCACGUUAGCGUACAGCUCUUUAGUAACGAGAAGCUAGCGUUAAGGAUGGUUGAUCAAUUAAAGUUGUUACACGUUAUGGUUAUUAGUUUGAAAUACAUGAUGAGUAAAAUACUCAUUCAAAAUACCUUGCACGAUCCGGAUAAGAACUUUCAUUACGUCGUGGAUUGCGGACGUCAGGUGAUGAAGGAGCACUGUUACUGGCCGUUGGUUUCCGACUUGAACAACGUGCUCUCGCAUAAGCCGGUCGCUGUUAGAUUCAUGAGCGAUAAUACUCUCCUGGAAAUGUGGUUCGACUUCCUGUCCAUGUUUCAAGGCAUGAACGUCAAUCAGAGGGAGCUAAGUCAGCACGUCGAGUUCGAGCCCAACACGUAUUACGCGGCGUUCAGCGCCGAGCUGGAGGCCAGCGCAUAUCCGAUGUGGGCCCUGGUGUCACAUCUCCGUGGGCCCGAAAGUGCGGCCCUGAGCCGACGAGUGCUCACCUUCUGCCUCACGGCCCUGCAGGAUUGGCUCGAUGCUGUAAACUAUACGCACCCGAAUGUGAGUGAUAGUUUGCAAGUGUCGUUUCAUCUACCACUUCAUCGGUACCUCGCGGUGUUCAUGUGCCAGGCCAUCAGACAGCAGGGAGCGACUCUGCGCGAAUUGCUGCCGCCCACGGAUAUGCUGCAUCUUCUCAUGAUGCACCCGCUGCGAGUGCAGGUGGCCUUCUAUGAGAUUCUGAAUGGACUGUGGGUUCGCAAUGGGCUGCAAAUAAAGGGCCAAGCGAUGACCUAUAUACAGUGUAACUUCUGCAACUCCAUGGUGGACGCGGAUCUGUACCUGCUGCAAAUCUGCGCCACGAAAUUACUGCCGGACGUCUUUCUGAAAACCGUCAUCGAAAAAUUUCACGUGAGGGAAUGGAUGAGUUUGAGCCUGUAUCAUGCUCCGCAAAAUGAGUAUCUCGAGGGCGAACAUGAUACCCCGAUGUUGGAAAGCUGCCUAACAUUCUUGGCUACGUUGGUCAACGUCAGAACAAAUCUCGGUUUAUCGGAUCCUGAAAUGUCUCGCCUCGAAAUGGUGACUUUAUUGUGUAUGAGUGAUAAGACGCAUAGUCAAUUGAUGGAAUUAAUGCCAGAACGCUGCGGAACCACCCAGAACAGGGACUUUGAAUCCGUUCUAGCCGAAGUAGCGCAAUAUAGAGCUCCGAAUCUUGAAGCGAGUGGCAAUAUGCAGCAAGGUAUGUACGGACCAAAGUCUUGCGUGUGGGACGAGUUGUUCGAUCCUUUACAUGUGCUGUUGAGAGCAGUCCAUAGAAGAGACUUUCAAGUAUCUAUGGAUCGUUUCACAGAAUACGUGAAACAAUCGGGUAAGCUGAAAAACGGUGCGACUCCCUGGCCACCAUUUAGGCAACCGGCUCCGGUUUCGUCGGACUAUGAUGAUCCUCGUAUAGUCUUACGUUCCAGAGUUUUUCACACUAUGAUCCUGAUAAUACUCUAUAAGGCUGUGAAUGGGUAUAACAUAUCCGAACAUGUUAUAGCAUUGGCUAUUUAUCUUCUGGAGAUGGCAGUUAUUACUGCAGAACCGCCAGAUAAAUCCGUAAGUCCUUUAUGCCAAUACACUGGUGGCACCUCUCGUGUAAUAAAGGACAUGGAUUUGGCUGGAUGGUACGAAAGCGAUAGCUUGUCCGAAAAUCUGAGGACAGUGAUACCUCGAGUGAUUCUAGUCCAAGAGUCGGAGCCUAGCAGCUCAGACAGCGAAUUUGAGUGGGAGAUUCAAGGAGACAUGAGCGAGGUGGCUACAUCCCUGAUGUUGAAUGACGCAGCGGAUGAUGGCGCGGAGGCAGUAUCUUUGGAACUGUUAGGAUUUUCCCCGUUAGUAGGCCCCGUUAGAGAUGACAAUGGCGUGUCUAGCGCGAGUGCAUCAUCCUUGCCGGCUUUACUACCGUCAGUCGAGAGCGCUACGUCUCUGCCAGCAUUACCGUCAACAAGUGUGGAAUAUGAUGUAGCAAUUGUACCUGAAGACGGAAUCGUCGCCAUAGCUCGUAGUAACAGUGAGGAUGACAUAAUGUUACCUCUGCAAAGAGCUCUGCCACCAUCCGGGGAGGAAUCAAUGGCUCUAGCAAUUGAAUCGCCUCCUUCACCAAAUAAUGUAGUCGGUGGUCAGCCAGCAUUACCACCCGCUCCACAACGCCCAGCGGUUAUGGCCGGAAACGAAAUAGUCACCGCGCAACCUGUUAAUUAUAGGGCUACAGAAAUCGUUCCAUCCACAUCGAAUCCUCACAAACAUUUCAAAAGAAGAGAGCCACAAGGUGUACCAAUGCAACCACAAUCCGUAAAAGUGGGAGAGAGCAUAAUCUCCUUACUGUUAAAGCUGCAUUCUCAAUUAUCGGGCGUACCAGACAGCUACAAUCCCGAACAAAACGCAAUGUCGGACAACGAAGCCAGUAGCAGCAGCUGCAGUAGCAGCAGCAGCAGCAGCAGCAGCAGUAGCAGCAGCACUAGUGAUAACAGCAGCAGUAGCAAUUCUUCCACCUCAUCAUUGCCUAGUGAAUCGCGAAUCGGCGAUGGACCAUUCUUCAUAUCGCAGCUACUUAGGAAAAUAGCGGAAUUAGAUCCUAUGUGUAAACAGACGAUCGUCGAGACUAGAAACAAAUUGUGGCCCCGUAUGCAGGAGUGCGAGGAGGAUGAACAGCGGGAAAGGGAGAAUCGUGAGCGGGAGGAACGACGGAGAAGGGCGAAGGAGAGGCAGCAGAAGCUGAUGGCGGAGUUUGCCAACAAGCAGAAGCAAUUUAUGGAGAAAGCGAUGAAGACCGAGGAAGCAGGUGCAUCCGGAAUGGAUUGGGAUCAAGAGCCGAGUGAGACUAAACUGACCAGUAAAAAGGAGUACGACUGUGUGAUAUGUAAUCAAACUACUCCCAGUAGUGAGGACAAACCGAUGGGACUCGUUGUAUUAGUUCAAGCAACUAGCAUUAUCGGCCACGAGCGACAACAACCGGAUAGGCUAGUUCUUCCCACGUCCGACGAAGAUCCGCCUAUACCGAGAAGAGAUACCCGAGGCGCCUAUUUCGACCGCAGAAUGGACGAGAUGAAUCAUUUAUUCGAUACAUUGUCUUGGCUGGUCUCGGUUAAUCUGGGAUGGGAGGGUGGUGUCCAUGUGCAAACGUGCGGACAUCAUCUGCAUCUGGACUGUUUGAAAUCCUACCUAGAGUCCCUUCGUAGUCAGCAGCGGCAGCAAAAUCUAGCGGUGGAACGGGGCGAGUAUCUGUGCCCGUUGUGCCGGCAAUUAGCCAACUCUGUUUUGCCGCUGUCGCCGCAAUUGGGCGAGUGCUCGGCGAUGGUGCGAUCUCGUCAUGCUUCCACGGAGACUAUACUCUCGGAUCUGAACACUUUUCUCAAAGAGAUACAACGAAAUCCUGUCUCUUCGAAUCUGGCUGUGGCGAUGGGAAAGGCCAUGGAAGAUAUGACGAGUUGCACGUAUCUAAAGUAUAAACAAAAGAACUGUAAACCUAGUCACCAAAGCUUGUUCCUUUUUGUAACCUCGGUAGCUCGAACUAACUUUGAGAUUGAACUUGUACAACGCGGCGGUUCAUUGUGCGUUCCACCGCCUACUACGAUACCUCUGACGCCUAAACGCGAUUGCAUAGUCGCGCUUCUUCACGUUUUGGCGAUGCACGCUCGGGUACUGACCACAUGGCCAGUGCAUCAUGUAUGGCAACAACUAUCUGGCAUAUCGCUGAUGGAUGAAUCGGCGUCCUCGCUCGCCUUGACACCGCACGAGAGGCAGGUUCCUUUGCUUCUACGAGAUCCGACCGCCAUGCUCAUUCAAUUCAUACUGGUGUUGCCGUUGCAUUUGGACCAAACAUAUUUUUCCGGCGUGGUAAAGGUCCUUUACAACUUGCUGUACUAUCAAGUAAUACUACAGGUAAGCUGUAACUUCUCCCGAGCAGAGCGAAAUGCGAUCUUAAAAUGGAAACGCAACUGCACCGUCACGCCCUCGCAGAACAAACUGGGCGAGAUUAUCGAGUACUUCAGCGAAAGUGGACUCUAUCCCGGCACAGACGACGACAAACCAUCCACUUCAGCCUCUCCCAAUUAUAUCAGGGUGAAGUCGCACUGCGUCGAGCAACAAAUCCAAUCAUUGUGCCUGCCGUUUCUGCGAGUGGCCGCAUUGCUGCGUUAUCACUUGUACGAGCAGCCGCUGCCGCUGAUCAGAACGUCACAGAGCGAGUUUGUGAGACUGGUGUAUUACUUGGAGCUAGUCACGGAAGGCAUGAGCUGGGACAGCUUCGAUUCAACGGUAGCGCUAAAUUGGCAAGAACCAGAAGCAAGCGUUUCGAUGCCUCUCUUCUGGUGCGAUCAGUUGAUCGCGUUUCUCGCCAAUUGGCGAAGCCACCAGCCGGCCCGGAACCUGAUAAUGGAGCAGCACAUAUCGUGGCACGUGCCGAAGCUACUUAGUCUUCCAAGGGAAUAUGAAAAGAUCUUCACGUAUUAUCACGAGCGACAGUGCAGCCAGUGUCAUUCUGUACCGCAGGAAAUCAGCAUCUGCUUGUUGUGCGGCACCAUUGUCUGCCUCAAACAAAACUGCUGCAAACAGAUGAAUGUGUGCGAAGCUAUUCAGCACUCAAUCGACUGCGGAGGUGGAACUGGCAUCUAUCUUGUAGUGACCUCGACGUAUAUUAUCGUGAUACGCGGUCGGCGAGCGUGUUUAUGGGGAUCUCUGUAUCUCGACGACUUUGAGGAAGAAGAUAGAGACCUAAAACGUGGCAAGCCUCUGUACCUCAGCCAGGACAGGUAUCAGCUUCUGGAGCAGCAAUGGCUGGCACACAGAUUCGACCAUACGAAGAAAACGUGGGUGUGGCAUCGCGACGCUCUGUGACCCAUCACGAUGCUGUCGCAUGCCGCUCGUCGCUCCUAAUCUCAGAAACGAAGAAGACUCCCUCCCUUCCUUUCUCUCUCUCUCGUUCCCGCGACUCCCACAAUUUAUUCUCACACAAAAAUGCCUCGUCCUUUCGCAGUAAUGUCCAUGCGCUUUAGAGACUAAGGAAGAUAGAACGUCCUUAACGGAUAUUAUAUAUUUAUUAUGCAAUCGCGAGUAAGUAGUAGACAUAAACGAUGAAUGAAAGUAUUAAGAUGGAAGAACGUCUGGGGGGAGGAAAUCAAUUUUGUUCAUAUAGUUGUGCGUAAUGACUUGAAUAAUACGUGCUAGAUCUGUAGAAAUUGUGUAUGCUCUCAAAUUAAAGAAAAAUCUGUACAUUUUAUUUAUAAGUAUAUACAUAGAGGUUUUAUUUUAAUUUUUCUGUGUAAUUGUUUUCGAAAUUAACGGUUAUUGAAAAGAAAAGUUUAUGUUUAAGUUACGCAUUUUUCUUUCGGGAAUUAUAUACCCGUAUGGAAAAGAGGGAGCAAUUUUGAUCCUUAAAUAUUUUUGUACAAUAACCACCAAUUUCGGAGAUGGUUAUAGGAAAAAAUUAAAAUGAGAUACCCUGUAUAUAUACAUAUACAUAUAUACAUAUAUGCACGUAAGCAUAUGAAUUACAUCGUAAUAACGAAA